AAACUAUUCUUAAUGGAAAUUCCAUGGUAUGUGAAUGCUAUCAAUCAACCCCCGCAAAUUCUAAGAGCCAACUGCCCGCGGUUUCAAAUAUAAAUGGAAGAUUACUCAUUCUAUAUGGGUCAGGGUUGUUAUAAACUAAUACAAAGUCAUAGUUGUUAAAAUCAUUCAUCUUAGGAUGGGACACAUUGCGAACCCUGAGGUAUUCCACAGGUGGCAUUUCGAUAUUUAGCGGAUGAUCCAUUAUGCCACGGUAAAAAGCAUGGAUUCAUAGGCUGGAACCAUUAGACUUGCACUUAAAAAUCAAGGAUGGGACACUAUAUUUCAGACAAUAAACUAAACUACAAAAGCUCCAGACAUCAUUUUUAAUUUUCAAAAAACCAUCAUUUAGUGUUUAGUGAAAAUCUCCCAAUGCAUCACUUUUGUCGUACUUAUAUAUAAAAUGGCGAUUUACGCUUUCGGAAAUCGUCGUAUAUUAAAUCGAGAUAUUCAUCUACUAUUAAGUUCGCGUACAAACUUUACUUUUCCAUUUCCAUUUCUAUAGUUCUUAAAAUCUGCAUGUAUAUCUAUGUGUUCUUUCAUGGUUCAAAAAUGAUUGAUACAUCUUUAAUUGUAACACAGUUAUUCAGCUAUCAAAGCUUUCAGAAAUUAUUGACCGGGGGUGGGGUGAGGCGGUUGUCCCAAGAAAACUUUUGUCACAAGUGAAGUUAUCAUCACAUGUACUCGUACUCCGCGCGAGACAAUUUGAAACGUCUUCGACAAACAUUGCGCCACUUCUCUCAACUGAUAUUGUUCCACCUUCCUCCCUUGAUAAACACUGUGCCAUCGACACUUUUAAAAACUCGUUAAACUAGGUCCAACGAGGGUUUUGAACGGUAACAGAUGGGCUUGGUGUAACGCUGUUUCUGAAAUUUCAUGCAUUUUUUCGUAGGUACUUGACUUUUUGAGCUAAUGAAUUCUGGUUUCUAAAAUGCCGCUCAUAUAAAUAUUGCUCAUAUCGGAAAAAGAUCCUCUUUCAAACAAUCUAAUGAGAUCUGAAACACUUCGAACACCCACGAACGCCCUCUCGUCUCGGAAUUUGAACAGCACGAAAGUACAACACAGUCCAAAUACAGCCAUAGCUGGAACGCGCUUCAAGUUGAGUUGACCUAUAUCCAUUCUGCCUGCCCGCCUUCCUCUUCUCGGCCCGACAAUACACAGUAGGCAGCCCCUGUAGUAUAUUUUUGAUAUAGCAUGACAUUCAGCGACCCCCCCAAUCAUAACUCCAAUACAGUACCCAAACAACCGGUUGUUAUUUCCGUAUUAUUAUCAGGGUAUAUUUAAAUGCGGUGCCGAAAAAGGGAAAUUUGGCUAUGCUAAUAUCUAGCGGUCUUCGACAGUACGCUAUAGUUUACCUUGUAUCUAUGGUUACCGAAAGUAACAACACGAAUGGUAACAAAUAUAUGAACAAACUUAUAUAAAUAAGUAUAUAUUUCUAACCAGACGGUCUCCUCUGAGCUUUUAAUAGAGAUAGACACCGGAAAACUAUAUUUGUACUAUAUUUGCAGAGUACAUUAAUAAAGCUUUUUUAACGCCCUUCAGCAAACUUAAAACAAUUACACCUAGAUACUCUUUAACUUCCAGCAAGCUAUAAGUAAAAUACAAAAAAAAUUUCAAGUAAUAUACGUAACUUUUAAUUAACUAGCAUAAUGAUUUAGUUAUACCAGUGAAUAGUUGCUGCAUUUUUCUUUCAUUUUCCUUCAAAAUGGUUUCAUUGUUUUUUAAACCUGCCUGUACCGCAGCAACUUGUGCCGCAGCAACAGUUGUUCGCCUUCGUUUUAGGUUUUUUACUUUCGUAAUCCAGAACUUGGCGUCACAAAAACAACUGUUGCUAUAAUUGAAAUGUGACGCGUAUUUCACCGUCUAAUGCAACAGGCAACAACGUUAUUAAUUAACUUUUCCGACAGAAACUCUCCAGUGAGAGGCAUUUGGCUUCGCUGCAACCGUAUAAAGUCAAUGCUUUUAUAUGAGGGUAAGGCUAGCAUAAAUCUAUAAAGUCAUCGAUGCAGUAAUACACUUAAACUGCUUUUUGGUGUGCGAAUAUUUUUGGUGAUCAGAAUGACGUCAUCAAACAUUGACAUGAAGACAAGUAAAAUUGUGCUAAGUUUCUUUGGGGGUUGGAAUGGAGAUAAUAACCAUUGUUGUUUGGUGAUAAACACCACGCUAAAAGCUUUCGAACCGUAAGCAUAAUUACAAAAUUGUGUCUAAUUUGAAAGAGGUUACAAAUACAAUCACAUAUUUCAAAGCAAAGUAAACGUUGAUACAAAAGACUUCGAUACAAAAGACUUUGACAGUGUAAACCAAACCUUAAAUUAAACUAAUCAAGCAUACUUCAAAAAGUCAAAGCUUUACAAUAAUUUUCACUGAAGGAGUAAAGCAAUUCACUUUAACCCGUUGCGUUUUAACUGUAAUCCUUUUACAUUACCACAAUCUAAAGACAUUAAGUAGCUAUAUAUUGCUCUUGAUUUUUUGUCGUUAAAAAAGGAAGACCAAUUAACCAUGACAUUUUCUACUGAAUCAAUCCAUUAAAUUGGUACCUAUUGUAUUUGUACUGUUUAGAUUUGAUAGAUACAUUGUAUUAUAUGUAUACCAAUAUAUUUAACAUUGCAUUUAAGGCUAUCGUUGCGUGACAGGAAAGGGUAACUUUAGACACGCACUCAAUUUUUUACAACCGCAGGAACAAGAGAAAAUAAGAGAUAAUUGGCUAAGUGAAUGCCAACAACGUUUACAAAGACAACCUAUUGGUAAAGGAAGGUAUAAUAAAAAGUUAAGCAAGCAUUGUAAUUCGUAUAUAUUAUUGCCGGUAUUAUAUAUUGUUGUAUAUUAUAGAUUGUAUUAUAUUCAUUGUUAAGAAAAGUAACAAGGUAUUGAUUCGGUCAGCUGAUAGUUUUAAGAGUGGGAAGAUAACGUUAAUUAAGUUAACUUUAUUUCCCUCAUGCGAAGUAGUUUUGUGUAUUUGGAUGCAAAUACUGAGAUAGAAUUGAGAGGCGUAUUUGCUUGCUUCUAUAUAUGUGCAUGUCCGAUCACUUUGAAGCGGACCACCGCCAUGCUUCCCCAUUUGAUGUUAACUAUAAACCCACAAAUAUACAUCUGUUCCCAUAUUUCCAUGCAUGGCGAUCGCUCCGAAAUACGCAAGAAUUGAUCGUGUUAUUUUAUGCAGUCUCAGACUUAGACGAGGGCCUAAAUUUAACCUAUUGAUUUAUGCAUCCGUUAAAAUAUUAAACAAAAAAACAGAGAAAUAUGAAGAUCUCAAAAACCUAAUGUAACGUGGUUGAUUAUAUAUAAUAUUUACAGAUGUAAAUGGUUUCGAUGCAAUAAAACACCUUAUUUCAUGGUGGUAAAACACUUUAUACAAACAUAUAGCUAGACCAAUUUCACCAAAGUAUAUACAUGUAAACAAUGUCGAUGAGGAUUCGAUUUAGCAAAUCUACGCUGGUUUCAUUAAAAUCUCGUUUUCUAUAACAUUUUCGACAACAUCAGACCAAUUCCCAAAACUUAUUUAUAUAGAUGUAAACUUUGUCGAUGAGAUUCGAUUCAGCAGGUCUAAGCUGAUUUCAUUAAAAUCUCAAUUUCUAUAAAAUGUUAUACUAUAAAACUGAAACGUUGCCACAGGGUUAAAUUUUAACAAUUUUAACCAUGUUAACCCUGUAUUAGCGGUAAUCGAUCUUUCGAGAAUCGGCCCCUGG